GCAACUUAACUAGAACUGAACAAGUUUUAAAAAAUCCAAGAUGAUUCUAUAAUAUUACUUCUUAUUAAAAAAAAAUUAAAAAAAAAAAACUUCUGGCACCCGAAAUUUCUUAUAUUCCCACAUAUUGUUAGAAACAGAAUUUCUAGACCACUAUGUAACUUCCGAUAUGGAAGUAAAUACAAUAAAGCCCCCCUGUUAAUAUAAAACGAAACAAUUGAAUUCAAUAUUUCUCCGUAAAUAUGUUUAAUAUUAGAAAAUAACUAUCAAAAUAUUGAUAUCUAACCAAGUUAUGCGAUAAGUUUUAACAAAAAAAUUAUAAUAGAAGAUUAACGAAUUAAUCUAAAGAUAAAGCCAAGUUAGUAUUUCACUUACUGUUUAUGGUGGCCCCUUUGCAAAAAGAUAAUGAACAUAUAGACAAAGGUAAAUAAUACGUUUGAAUACAAAAUUUUAAAACAUAAAAUUAAUUCAGUUUGCAAUAACUCUUAACACUGCUUGGACGUUAAAUAAUAAAUUAAAAUGUUUAAAUUUAAUAAACAAUUACUAGUGCUGACACUGGUAGCAAUUAUUAUUAUGCUUAUUCAACCAUGUCGAGCAUAUAGAGAAAUUUCCGGUUUAUUGGAUGAGGCCAAAGAAUUGACUCAUGAUGAGAUUAACGCUUUAAGACCUUUGUUCGCAGAGUUGCAAUUGCAAUAUGAUUAUGUGCUAAUCAAAACUACUGAAGGAUCCCAAAUCGACGAAUUAUUCGAACAACAGUACGAGGCAACUUUAAAAGAAUUUGAACUACAACUUAACAACAUGUUCCCUCAAGAAGCAACCACCAAUUAUGACACUAAUUUACCCUCAGUGGAAGAAAUUAUGGGCAAACCCGAUUUUAGUCUAAUGACCAAAGAACAACAAAUGGAAUUUUUAGAUAUGCAAAGUAUACUACAAGACGCCUUAGAUGAGGCCCAAAUCAAUCUUAAUGCAUUAGUAGCCAGAGCUUUAAUGUUGGAAAGCAAUUUGCUUAAAAUAAAUAAACCCAAAAUUAUUAUCUUUAUUAUAAAGGCCCUUAGAUUGGGCUAUAAGGCUGCGGCUCGGGUGGGACGUGCUGCUUACUGCACUUACUCUCAUAUACCACAAUUAAACACCUCUUUGCACUCUCUUUACGAAGGUGUAGAUUGUUAUUUGUACACAACAUCUCUGAUAGUUAAAAUCCAAAACGAAACCUAUAAUACUGUCAAGACGGUGAGGAAAAACGUAUUUGAAUUGGCCGCAGUUUAUAAAAAGGUAGCCCAGAAAAAUUCUCUUGUGGGAAAAAUUGUUUCGGUAAUUUUAAAUGUCACCAAAAUAGCCAGAAGUAUUUUGGAUACCAUUAGCACCGCUAAGCAUGUUUUAGAUAGUGUAGAGAAUCAAUUGCCUUCAGCUGCUCAGGAAGUGGCCAGUUGUGGUUCAAAUUUUGCCGUUAAAAUACCAUUUAUGAUUGAGUCUGUUUCCAAUGUUACCGAAUGUAUAUUGUUUGUUGAUAACACCAAGAUUGAAUAUGACUUUAUGAAACCCGAAGAUGAGUACAAUAAGGAACUACAGACUGUUGUACCAGAUAUUGUUGAGGAUGCCGAGGAGGAGGAGCAAGAAGAGGAUGCUGGUGAUACUAAAUAGGUUUUAUAUUUAAAUGAAUUUCUGUUAUAAUUUUCUACUAAUAAAGUUUUGUUUGUAAAAUCGA